AGUGAUUGACACAUGGGUGCAGGAGAGGGGCCAUACUAAGGAUUGGCACGAGCUCUGUAUUAGCCCCUGGCAGGAGUCUUGGGGUGCAGCUUAUAUAGUCAGGGGUGAGAUAGAAAAUUAUAGACACGGUAGCCAUGCUGCGGCUAGGCUGAAAGUCACUGUGUGAGCAGAGAACAAGUCCAGCCUCCCUGUCUGCAGUAAUAACCCACUUCAUGUGGUAAAUAUUAGACGUCCAGCACGUGUACACAGUGUAUGUUUUGUACUGUCAGCGAACAGGUUAAUAACACAUGACCUCCUCUUGUUUCAGGUGGCAACGGAAGUCCUUGGUGUAGCUGGCUUUGUCUUCCUCCCGGAAACAUUACCCAGCUGAUAUUCCAUGGUACGCGACGUGGCCGCUACUGAGUCCUUGUUGUUGUUUGUUCCUCCGUAUCACUGGGCUUGUGAAGGUGCCGGGUCCGGUGUGCGGGGUCACACGUCGUCCACAGCACAGGCCACGGCUAAUGGUUCCGGUGUCGCCUGUUUCCUAGGGGAAUGGAAAAUGUAUAGACACCAGGCCGGUCACCAAGAGCCACGUCUAAUGGGAGAGGCCGAAAGGGAGAAGAACUGGAGCAAGGAGCCGAGUGACAGUAGUGACGAGGGGCUGCACAUGCCCGGAAACACAGAAGUGCCAUACUAAUGUGGGGUCUGUCAACUGCUCUCUGUCAAUCUUUUUAUGGCAACCAACCCAACAUGUUUAUCCAGUUCCUCAGAUGGGUUUGAUUGAACAUUGUAGAAACAAAGCAACUCCAAGCAUUUCCUCAUAACAUAUAGCAAGAUAAGAGAAGUGCGUUCAUGCAGCCGGUGCCCGACUCAACUGGUGUCUCAUUUGGCACAGUGUCUGGAAAUGGCCUUUCUGAUAAACUUGAACUGGCCGAUGCCAGUGUAGAAAUUAGCAGGAUGAAUGGAGAGGAUGUGAGAGGGAUGCAUUCAGAAACCUUUCCAAAGCUAAGAGGGAGCAUGGAGACAAACAUAUCUGAAGACAUAUGUCAGAACGGUCCUCAGCCUCCGUAUUCAGAUCAUCAGUCAUCCACAGACUCUGCCAUCGGCUCCUGUAAUACAGCAGCACCCCCAGGUGUGGCUGGUUUCAAUGACCUCAUAUCGGAGUCUAGUGCUGAGGGCCUAGUUCUUAGAAAGGAAGCUUUGCAGUCGCUGAAGCUAAGCCUUCAUAUGCAGGAAACUGAUCUGUCCUCCAGCGAUGCUCCUCUUCCACUUGAGCGAGAAGAGCAAAUACGUUUGCAAGCCAGGCGUCGCUUGGAGGAACAGCUAAAACAGUACAGAGUCAAGCGCCAACAGGAGAGGUCUAUCCAAUCAACACCUAAAAAUCGUCCCUCAAGCACUUUGGAUCCUGAGCUUAUGUUUAAUCCAGACAAUCUUCCGCGGGCUAGCACUGUUGCAAUGACUAAGGAGUAUUCCUUUUUGCGCACAAGUGUGCCACGAGGUCCCAAACUGGGAAGUCUUGGCCUCCCUUCGUCUUCCAAAGAGAAGAAGUCAUCCAAAUCUUCAAAGUCUUCCAGCAAGAUUCGUUCAUUGGCAGAUUACCGCAAAGAAUCAGAAACAAAUAGUGCCAGUAUAGGUUAUUCAGAUUCUUCUCCUGGCUCCCUAAAGUCCAACAGGGGAAGUCUUACAUCUGUAGUGUCUGAGAUCAGUGUGGAAGGAGUACAACGACCCGAGAGUGUCAGUUACAUUGGUGACAACAGCUCUGAGUUUGAUGGCAGUGAUUUGAGCAUACGACAUGAUGGCAAUGAGAGUGACAGCUCCACUCAUAGCAGUGUAUCUGCUGGACAGGGCCUUUACUUGAGUGCUGUGUCUCCGAGGAGGCAUGAAGAAUACAUUGUAAAUGGUCAGAGCAUACCUGUAGAGGAUGUAGGACAGUUCCCGUCACUCAGAGAUGUACUACAAGCAGCUGCCGCAGAGCAGCAGGCUCAAGAGCCUGAUGGAAAUGGGGAACCUAGAAGCCGGAGAGAUAGUAUAUCAAGCAGUAUUUCUAUGGAAAGCUCUAUUGCUGGCACCCAUGAUGAACUCCUUCAGGUUCUCAAGGAAAGGAUGCGACUAGAAGGUCAGCUGGAGUCUCUGACAGCAGAAGCCAGUCAGGCACUUAAAGAAAAGACUGAGCUUCAGGCCCAACUGGCAGCAGUAAGCACCAAAUUUCAAGCAGAGGUUGAGCACAGCUUGGCCAGCCAGCAGAAGCAAGAAUCUCUAGGUUUGGAAGUUGUCACCCUGAAAAAAUCAUGCACAGAUCUGGAGAGAGCAAUGGCAGAUCUUCAGAACAGCUUAGAAGCUAAAAGUAGCAGCUUGGUUUCAUUGGGCAAUGACUUGCAGGUUGCAGAAGAACAAUAUCAACGUCUGAUGAGCAAAGUAGAAGAGUUACAAAGGGCAAUCAUUCAGAAAGAUAAUGUUGUUCAUGAUCUGCGACAACAGACUGUAUCUCUUCAAUACCAGCUGCAGCAGGUGCAACUGGACCGCACUACACUAACAAACAAACUUAAAGCUUCAAAGGCGGAAAUAACUUCUCUGCAGCAGACACGUGAGUGGUACCAGCAGCAACUCACACUGGCUCAAGAAGCACGGGUCCGACUCCAAAGUGAGAUGGCAAACAUACAGGCUGGGCAGAUGAGCCAAGCUGGUGUUCUAGAGCAUCUUAAAUUGGAGAAUGUGACCCUUUCACAUCAGCUGACUGAAACACAGCACAGGACGAUCAAAGAAAAGGAACGCAUUGCUGCACAACUGCAAAAUAUCGAGGCUGACAUGUUGGACCAAGAGACUGCAUUCCAUCAGAUACAAGAAGCAAAACACAUGGUGGAAGAAGAUCUCCAGAGAAAAUUAGAUGAGUUUGAGAUGGAGAGAGAGCAGCUCCAAAAACUCGCAGAUUCUGCUACUGCUUUGGAACAAGAAGUAGAGCAGUUGAAGCUGAAUUUGAACCAGAAAGACCUGCAACUUGAAGCCCUCCAACAGGAACAUCUUGACAUCUUGAGACAGCUUACUUCAACCCAAGAAACACUUCACACCAAAGAUCAGUCACUAAAUGAUCUCCAAAUGAGAUAUGAUGAACUGGAAGCAAGGCUUGAGGAGCUACAAAAUGAUCUGUCAUCAAAAGAUGAUUCUAUACAGUAUCUUCAAAACCAAAAGAUUGUUCUAGAGGUUGCAUUACAGGCCGCUAAGAUGGAACAAAGUGAGCUGGAUCAGGGAGCUAAAAAACUAGAAGAGGGAACUGAAGCUGUAGCAGAAAUCUUGGAAAAACUGCGGCAAGAUAUUGCUGUCAAAUCUGGACAGGUGGAAACCCUGCAGCAAGAGAACAUCAGUCUCAAAAAACAAAGCCAGAAAGUGAAGGAGCAGUUUGUCCAACAGAAAGUGAUGGUAGAAGCCUAUCGCAGGGAUGCUGGCUCCAAAGACCAACUCAUCAGUGAACUAAAAGCUACCAAGAAAAAGUUAGAUUCAGAGUUGAAAGAACUGAAAAGAGAGCUCCUGAAGACUCGGGGUGAGAAGUCGUCAGCAGAAGUGGAAAAAGCACGGGUUAUGAAGGAAAUGUCUAAGUUGCAGCAGCAGAUGGAAGAACUUGAAUCCCAUCUCCAAGCUGCACAAAAUGACAGAGAUGAAAUGGAAAGCCGUUUACAGUCCAUACAGUUUGAUAAAGAGCAGCUAAUAUCUCUGACCCAGGACAAUGCUGCACUGAAAGAACAAAUAGAACUGUUACAAAAUGAGGCUAAGAAAGCAAUUACAGAACAGAAGCAUAGAAUGAAGAGACUGGGCUCAGACUUGACGAGCGCUCAGAAAGAGAUGAAAGUCAAACACAAAGCAUAUGAGAAUGCAGUUGGGAUCCUGAGCCGACGUCUUCAGGAAGCACUGACUGCAAAAGAAACAAUGGAAUCUGAGCUCAAUAAGCUCAAGGCACAAAUAUCAGAAGGAGGCGAUAGUCAAGCUUUUCAGGAAAAAAUAAAUGUUUUGAAAGGUGAAUUAAAAGCUGUAAACCAUAGUAAGGCCAUGCUGGAACGUGAACUACAAGAGGUCAUAUCACUCACCAGCCAGGAACUUGAAGAAUAUAGAGAGAAAGUACUUGAGCUAGAAGAUGAGCUGCAGGAAUCGCGGGGCUUUAAAAGAAAAAUUAAGAAAUUGGAAGACCUCAACAAGAAACUGACAUUAGAAUUAGAACAUGAACGAGGAAAGCUGACUGGACUUGGACAAUCCAAUGCUGCUCUACGUGAACACAACAGUAUACUUGAGGCUGCUCUGGCAAAGAGGGAGGCCGAUUUGGUACAAUUGAACUUACAGGUUCAAGCAGUCCUUAAACGUAAAGAAGAAGAAGAUGGGCAAAUGAGAGAGCUAGUACAGAAUCUGCAAUACGCUUUGGAAAAAGAGAAGGCAAAGGUCACCAAUCUGGCAGAGCAGGUUGCUGCCGCUAAGGCCGAAGCAGCGCACAACAGACGGCACUAUAGGGCUGCAGCACUGGAAUUAAGUGAGAUUAAGAAAGAACUUCAGUCAAAAGAACAGUUGAUUCAAGCACUUCAAUCCGAAGCUGAAAAACUGCAGUCUCAGGAUGAGAAGCAUUCUCAGGAGCUGUCACAGUUUCAGCAGGAAUUGGCUGAAGCACGGUCCCAGUUGGUACUUCUUCAGAAGGAACUAGAUGAUCAACUUGCUAAGAAGCCACACAUUAAUCAAGAGGUAGAAGAUCUAAAGUGGGAGGUGGAACAGAAGGAGCGUGAGAUUCAGUCCCUGAAGCAACAGCUGGACAUGACCGAGCAGCGCAACCAAAGAGAACUGGAAAAUGUUCAAACCUUGCUUCAGAAUCUCAAAGCUGAACUUGAGGUUGUACGAGAAGAUCUAACUAUGACUCAGAGUGACAAGUUGAUGCUGCAGAAAAAAGUGACUGAACUGAAAAGCAGCAUGAAGACCUUGCUACAACAGAACCAGCAGUUAAAACUGGAUCUUCGUCAAAGCCGGACUAAGAAGAGGAAAGAGUUUAAAGGAGACAUUACGUCGUCCAAUCCUGCGACUCCAGUUAAGAUACCUGACUGUCCUGUACCAGCUUCCUUACUAGAAGAGCUCCUGAAGCCUACAACGAUCAGCAGAGAGCCUCUGAAAAACCUGAACAGCUGUCUUCGCCAACUAAAGCAGGAAAUGGACAGUCUCCAAAAGCAGAUGGAAGAGCACACUAUCACUGUGCAUGAAUCUAUGACUUCAUGGACUGAGGAACCGCUACAGGACUUCACAUUACCUGACACACCUGUUGUGAGCAGCGCAAGGCUUCCACUACAGGAUCCGAACCUCCACACUAAUGACACCGAAGGAAAAGUGCAGGCUUUAUAGUCUGCUUUUUAUUUCUGGAAGGAACCCUUUCUAUCUGUAUUACAGACUGGCAGCAACAGCACUUUUUUUUUUUUUUUUCCUAAUGCAAUGU